UGGUAAUUCAGCCAUGUUGGAUCUGGGCCAUGCCAUUUUGUUUUUCAGGGCUCUUUGCAAGGGUAUCUGGAAGUAAUUUGCACCCAGCCGGCAGCUGCAGUAACUACGGUUUCAACUUCAACUCCACGAUGUUUCCCUUGGCCAAAAACGCAUUAGGUCGUUUUCCAGUGCGAAGCAUUCAACAAAUGGUAACAAGGCAGAGCCACCAGAAACGUACAGCUGAUUUUCAUGACAAAUAUGGUAAUGCUAUAUUAGUUGGUGGAGUCACAUUCUGUAUUGCUGCAUGGACCUAUACAGCAACACAAAUUGGAAUAGAAUGGAACCUUUCCCCUGUUGGCAGAGUCACCCCCAAGGAAUGGAGAGAUCAGUAAUCAUGCCAGCUGAUAUGAUACAGCUAAAUUAUUUCUAAAUGAAAUCAUAAUUGA